AAAAGCAUAACUAACCGGUUUUUAUGCAAUGAGACAUACUCUAAAUACCACAAGAAAGGAAAAAGGAAAAAAGAAAUCAAACGCAAGAAAUCAAAUGCAAGCCAUCUCCAGCUCUUUGUAAUCUCUAGAUUACCUCUGCAAAUUGAAAUGGGUUGUAAUGAAUCCAAGCAUGAUGUCGUUACCGGCAACACGGUUAAAACUCAUCCUCCACCGGCACGUAAAAAUUCUAACACCAUCAGCGUUAAAAAGAGCAAGGAUUUAGAAGUUAUCCCUGAAAUUACUGAUGAUGUCAAUAUUACGGCGGAAACAACAAACUCAUCAGCACCGCCAUUAUCAUUGCGGUCAUCUUCGUCGUUAAAGAGCAAUGAUAAUAAUAAGACUGAGUUGGCGGUGGUUACGGACAACAACCCUAUCGUAACCUCAAAGGACAUAAAUACCGUAAAUGCGGAGCAGCAACAAUUGAAAGAAGAGGAUCAUGUACCUGUAGUUAAAUCUGCCGCCGAUGACUCAUUAAAUGAGGCAUUAACAAAGGAAGAUAAUGUUGUUAAUGAGAGACAUCAACGUAGACUCUCAGGUUCAUCCGACCAUUAUUUUUCGUCGAGGAAAGAUGAAGCUGCAAUUAAAGCCAUUAUUGCGGCGGCUGCAGCGGCUGAUAACCAUGGUGUUGAAAAAGAAGAUGUGGUUGAGGAGUUUCUUGAUCAAGAUGACGAUGAUCAGAGUAACAAGUUAGUAAGUAAUCAUGACAACCAAGAGGAGAAGGUAAAGUCAGAUUUAGAAGAAGAAGAAACAAAAGAAGAAGAUGUCGAUGACAAAAACAUCAUCAAGAAUGGUACUGAUGGCGGUGAUCUAAACAACGGUAUGUUUAUUAAAAUCGUCGGAAGCAUGUUUGCGAGAGCAAGAAUUGUCAGAAGAACCGGAAGUUGCGACAACAAUAACACCAACUGUUGAUCAACAAAAGUGUUGUUAUUUGGGCGUUUCGAAUGGAACCACUGUUUCGACAAGGGGUAGGAUCCUUUUACAUGCUUGAUUGACAUUAUUUUUACAUUUGUCCCUUUUACUGAUUAAAAUCUUAUGCUUCUAGUUUUUUCAUGAAAUGUUCAUUGCAAUAUACACUGUAUUUUCAUAAAAAGAACCCAGACUACACGGGUAACAUUAUCAUCAACAAUUGAAUAAUUUUUAAUUAGCUUUCAUUCGGGGGCCAUGGAAAAAAAUUCCAAACUCCCAAAAUAAUGUCAAUUUAUGCAUGUCAAAAAAAUAAUGUCGGACAUGUAUUCUUCAUGCAGAAGUCACACUUUUUGUUACUCCUAUUAUUUUGUCCAACAAUUCUAUACAGACCGCCAAAAAAGAAACAAUGAGAAAACCGCUAUUCACAGAUUUUCAGAAUUUGUGAGUUCCAGUGGGUCCCACCUCUCGGGAGUUUAGCAGGGGGCCUGC